AUGGGCGUGUUCGAUGCCAUUAGAGGUCGCGAUGAUGCCGGCAAGCUGACAAGGAGUCUAGUCGAUCCUCAAGGUCUCUCAAGCUCUCAGGUUAAGAAUGACCACACCGCCACUUCGACUACCAACGCGGAUGGAGAUGACUCGGUUGAAGAUAAAAUUGAGAGGCAUCAUGCAAUCAAAUAUGAACCUCCGGCUGAAGUUGAAGGAGCGGAUCAUGACGAAAAGGAAAUUGACCAGGACUCAUCUCAUGUUACCGAAGAGGUUGAGUUAGGUCAGCAAAGGGCCGAAGCCGCAGCUCUGGUUUGGAGCCGGCCAGUCGCCUUCAUGAUCUAUGCAUGGAUCUGGCUUUGCUUCUUCAUGUUGGCUCUGCACUCGUCAAUCGGCGCCAACCUGAUCAACUACGUUUUUUCCGACUUCGAUCUUGCACCGCAAGUCAGCACAUCAUAUAUUCUAGCCGCAGUCAUCGGGGGUGUCAUGAAACUUCCGCUGGGUAAAACACUUCAGUUGUGGGGUCGCGCAGAAGCUCUCCUCUUUUCCACGGCUAUCUACAUGAUAGGAAUGAUUGUUUUGGCAGCUUGCGGUGGCGCGAACUCCUUCGCCGCUGGAUACGUUCUCUACUGGGUCGGGUACUACUGCAUGUACCUGAUCCUGGACAUUUUUAUUGCCGACACAUCUGGUAUGCGAUCUCGUGCAUUUGCCUUCGCCUUUGCGACAACGCCAUUUAUCUGUACCGCAUUCACUGGGCCUCUUGCAGCCACCUCAAUUCGAAUCAAUUAUGGCUGGCGUUGGGGCUAUGGAAUCUUUUGUAUCAUACAGCCGAUCGUAUUUUGUCCCCUUGCUCUUGUGUUCAAAUACUAUGAGCGCAAAGCAAUUCGAAUGGGCGUCUGGCAACGAAGGCCCAGCGGACGCACACGGAUGCAGUCCAUAAUUCACUACAUCCAUGAGUUUGACGUGAUCGGCGCCUUUUUGCUGAUGAUUGCUUGGGUCCUCUUCCUACUCCCAUUCAGUUUGGCCCAAUACGGCCGUGCGCAGUACAAGAGCCCUAGUUUUAUCGCCAUGGUAGUUGUUGGAUUUUGCAUGCUAUUCGCCUUCGUAGCAUGGGAGAAAUGGGGGGCUCGAAAGCACUUCAUUCGAUACGAACUAUUACGGAAGCCCACUGUUGUGGGUGCGUGUGCUUCUUCUGCGAUCAUCUACUUCAGCUUCUACCUUUGGGACCAAUAUUUCUUCAAUUUUGUCCUCAUAACUUACAACCUUGACUCAACAAUGACCGGAUAUGUCAGUCAGAUCUACAACAUCGGGUCUUGCUUCUGGGCUCCUAUUCUCGGUCUUUUCAUCUGGUGGACCCGACGAUUCAAAUAUGUGUGCUUGUUUUUCGGUGUCCCCUUGAUGAUUCUGGGAUCGGGUUUGAUGAUUUACUUCCGGGGAGGAAAUCAUGGAAUUGGGUUCCUUAUUAUGUGUCAGAUAUUCAUUGCUUUUGCUGGUGGCACCAUGGUGAUCGGCGAGGAUAUGGCUGUCAUGGCCAGUGGAGGCCGCGAGGGUACUCCAAUAAUGCUGGCUCUAAUUGGCCUGUCUUCAAGCAUUGGCGGUGCGAUUGGCUACGCUGUUUGUGGCGCAAUCUAUAACAAUGUUUUCGUCGAGGCUCUCAGAAGUCAUUUGCCUGAUGAUUUGAAGGCCAACGCCACCCAGAUUUACACUGCUGGCAUUCAAGUUCAACAGACCUAUCCAUUGGGAUCUCCUUUGCGAAAUGCGGUCAUUCAUGCUUGGAGUUACUCCCAAAAGAUGAACUGCAUUGCCUCGACGUGCAUCUUGGUCUUGCUCUUUCCAGCGGUCGCGGUAUGGAAGAACUACGACGUCGGCAAGAAGCAGAACAAGGGAACCAUGGCUUUCAAGUAG